AGAUGUCCAAGUCAACUCUCGCUAUCAUCGCAGCCGUCAGCGCAGCAACGGGUGCCGGUUUCACGGCAGCCAUGUACUCGACGCGAUCUGACAAGAAAGCGCAAGCUGUCUCCUCCUCCACCGCUGUCUCAGCUACAUCAACAACAACAACUGCAGUCCCAGCCCCCGUCCCAGCCCCCGUUCCUAUACCAGGAGCCCUCCCCGCCAAAGAAAUCAUCUCUCCGGUCGAUCCAGCCGGGCUCUUCCAGUACGGCUUUCCCGGCCCCGUCGCAGACCUCGCAACCAGACCAGCCCUCGUCUCCUCCUACGACCGCCGACUGCGAAACCCCUCGUGGGUCGCCGAGCAUAUCACGCCCGAGUCAUUAGCAGAAUCGCACGGCGACCGCAAACACUCCGUCUUCCUCGAGGACCCUGCAGUCCCUGAAAAGUUCCGCGGCAAGCUCAAAGACUAUUUCCGAUCCGGCUACGACCGAGGCCACCAGGUACCCGCCGCCGACGCGAAAUGGAGCCAGGAGGCCAUGAACGAUACCUUCUACCUCACCAACAUGUGCCCGCAAGUCGGCGAGGGCUUCAACCGCGACUACUGGGCGCACUUUGAAGAUUUCUGCCGCCGCCUCACGACCCGCUACCCCAGCGUGCGCAUCGUGACGGGGCCGCUCUACCUCCCGAAACGCGACGCCGCCGAUGGGAAAUGGCGCGUCUCCUACGAGGUGAUUGGCAACCCGCCCAACAUCGCCGUGCCGACCCAUUUCUACAAGGUCAUCUUCGCCGAGGACGGCACCGUCUCGGGCCCCGUCGCCGUCGGCGCCUUCGUGCUGCCCAACGCCCCGAUCCCGAACGAGAAGCCGCUGACCGAUUUCGAGGUCCCCGUCGAGGCCGUCGAGAGGGCCAGCGGGCUCGAGUUCGCGACCAAGUUGCCCGUGCAGCGACGCAAGAGGCUGUGCACCGACACGACGUGUGCGCUGGUCAUCAAGGAUUAUGCGGAUAGGCAGAAGGCGUUUGCGAAGGAUGCGAAGAAGUCGAGUCCGAGAAAUUAGAAUCUUGUGAGAUAUAUAUAUACAGAUAUGUAUUAGUGCAGAGGGUGGGCUCGCAAGGGCAUUCUUGUUUUUUCUUUUCUGGUUGCAUCUUUCAGGCGGGGGCGCAUUUGCAUCAUAGCACGGCGUUUGAUUCUCUGGCUUGCUUGCUUCAAAUGCAUGUAUGUAGUCAUAUAUAUAGUGUAGCAUUAGAAAGAAACAUUUCACAAUAUAAAGCACAGAAAA